UAUACCAAUUCCUAUAAAUAUUUAAAAGUUACAUAUCUUCAAGCUUGUUCUUUAGCCAUGGCUACUCUUAUCCCCAUCCUCCAACCUUUUUUCUCUUCAAUCACUGAAUCUCAAGCACCAAUCUCCACUCAAACCUCCGACAACCAUCCGCACACUCUCUCCCGCCGAGACGUCGUCUCUCUCUCCUCCGUCUCUCUCCUAUUCACUCUCUCUCCAAUUGAUCCAGUUUUCGCCUUCGGAAUCUCAGGACCUAAAGAAUGGUUGAAAGAUCAGAAGAAGAAGUCAUCGAGGUUCUUGUUAGCUCCCAUUGAUGCUUCUCGUGAAAGCCUCCGCUCUGUUUAUCUUUCGCUCACAACCAGAGAAUCUGAUUAUACGGAUAAAGAUUUGGAGAGCCUUCAGAAUCUUUUAAGGACUUCUGCAAGAGACUGUGUCCCUAAAGAGAGAAGCUCUCUUGUGGAUUUUCAGUCAAUGACCGGAGUUGAGGUUUGCACAUUCAAGCUUGUUGUGAAGAAUGCUGCUUCAUUACUAGAUGAUAAGGAUCCAGUCAAAUUGGAAGCAGAGACUAUACUAAAUGAUGUUAUUAGGUCCUUUGGUUCCCUUAUCGUGCUCACGAAUGGGAUUGGUAUGAAUCUUCCUUCUGAUAGAGAAAAGAUUGCAGAUGCAGUUAUGGAGGCAAUCUCUUAUCUUGACAAAUUUGAGAAGAGUGUCAAGGACUGUCUUGAGAUCUGAUCAAAUGUUUGUUCUUUUCUUCUUGAAGGUAGAAUCAAAGCAGUGUAAACUCCUCAUGGCUGUUUAGCGGUACAAACAUUUGUUUCAAGUGUACGAAAAUGAGAGACAUCUCGUUUUAUAUAAAUAUAAAUCAUAUUGUUGAAUCCUGAGUUUGGAUUUUACAUAUAUAUAUAUAUCAAUGGUUUAUACAUCAAAUUACAAACAAUCUCCUACACAUUUUCUAUGGUGUGAAAAGACUCAUAUAUUUAUCCUGCAAAAGCGUAUGCAAUGAGCUUUUACAUGCUCACACUUUGUUCUCUAUGGGAUUAUCCGGAGGCGGGGAGCCAGAGGCCUCGACCAAAUACAAGCGGCAGCACGGUGUUCCAUCGUCCGGGUGAAUCUGCGUGGACCUUGGUAGGCGAAGAAGUUUGUUGAAGAGGUUCAGCGGAUCGUGCAGCAGACCGAAAUUCGCGUCUGGAUCACCAAUCUGCGAGAGGCUGACAUGAGAGAACCCCAAAGAUGGUAAGAGCUGAUCAGGCCAGUCACUGUAAAAGUCGAAAACAGAGUUCGGUAGCGUAGCAGACGGUUUAUUCAUGAAAUCAGCCAAGAGAACCGUGCUGGUUACGGCGCACUUGUCAGCUAUGAGGUUCAGUACUUGCAUUGCCUCUGUGUGAGAGAGGUAAUAGAGAAUGCCUUCAAGAACCCAUACAGUGUUAAUAUCUGGCAUAAAACCAGACUUCUUAAGCUUUUCGAACCAGUCAUUGUCUCUGAUAUCGAUUGCUACUCUGACUAGUGAUUUCGCCGUCAUCCUAAGGUCAGCUCUGGAUUUUACCGCGGCUUGAACUAGACUCGUUUUCGCUUCCAAGACAUCGGGAAAAUCAACUUCGAAUACGUCACUUUUGUUCAAACAGAUAAGCCUAAACCAAGAAAAUCGAACCUGCGCCGAGUAGAACGACCUGAGCCGCGUCAUUGUCGAAAGAAUCAAGAGCAGCUUGAAUUCUUGUAUCAAACCAAAGAGUUCGAACAGCAAGAAUCACACCGGGUACCUCUCGAGCAUUCUUGAGCCGGUCUUUCUGAAUCUUUGUGUGUAAAUUUCUCAAAUGUGUCUCUCCGGCAAACAAAUGAGCGAGAGGAUCCUGAAUGACAUGUUUCCACAGAGCUCUUCCUGCAGCUGUUUGGCAAGCAGAUUUCUGAAGGUAAUCCCACUCGGUUUGUAUGCUCAUGUGAAGUUUCUUGACGCUUUCGGUAUGUAAAACCUCCGGUAUCGCGAGUUCUUCUUCGAUAUCCGGCCAUGUCGUAGCAGUAGCUGAUGAUUCUUGUUCUUGUUCUUGUACUUGUUCUUGUUGUUGCUUUUUGUUUUCUAUUUCAGACAUUGUUUCUUUCUUGUUCUCUUGAGGCGAAUAAUGUUUUGUUCUGAUAUAUAUUGAAGGAAUGUGUGAAAAAGAAAAAUUGAUCUGUUGCGUUUCGUAGGGAUAAGAAAAGAGAACCACACAUAAAAACAAAGGCAUACGUUCUUCUAUGUAUAGCCAUUGGCCUUUGUUUUCUGUCAAAAGAGCAAGCGAGUGGCUCCACACUC